ACGAGAACAUCGCAUUUUCCACCAUCACCAUUUCAAUUGGUCUAUAUAAAUAUGUUGUUUUUCAUUUGAGUGUAUUAUAUAUCGGAUAAAGAGCAAAAUAAAAAAGGAAAUAUUUAAAAGAAAAAAUCGCUCAUAUUGAUUCACAAAAUAAACGAAUCAAGUGUUUUUCGUUUUUCAUUUUCUUUAUUCUUUUGAUUAAACCUGUUGUAGCAAAUACAAUAAGCAAACCAUGAAGUUUGCAGAACAUCUAUCAGCGCAUAUAACGCCCGAAUGGAGGGCAGCAUACAUCAACUAUGAGGAAAUGAAAACAAUGCUGUACAAUGCCAUAGAACAGUCUCCAUCUGCUGAAUUAGUUGAACCGGACUUUUUAACGCGAUAUUUUGCAACAUUCGACGAACAAUUUUUCCAUUAUUGCGAUAAGGAAUUGGCAAAAAUCAACACAUUUUAUUCAGAGAAAUUAGCCGAAGCAACGCGAAAAUUUGCCAAUCUACGAACCGAAGUGAGUGUAGCAUUAGAAGAUGGUUAUGAUACAAAAAAGGCUUUGUCACGAUCAAAAAAAUUGCUGCGCAAGAAAACAAAACCGGCACGUAAAGUACAAGAUUUGAAGUUGGCAUUUAGUGAAUUUUACUUGGGAUUGAUUUUAUUACAAAACUAUCAAACAUUAAAUUUUACCGGUUUUCGGAAAAUUUUAAAAAAACAUGAUAAACUGUUGAGUGUUGAUUUGGGUGCCAAAUGGCGAAUGGAUCAUGUGGAAGUGGCACAUUUUCAUGUGAACAAAGACAUUGAUCGACUUAUUCAUGAUACGGAAUCAAUUGUUACGCAAGACAUUGAAGGAGGUGAUCGACAAAAAGCGAUGAAACGAUUACGAGUGCCACCAUUAAAUGAACACCAAAGUCCAUGGAUCACAUUCAAAGUUGGAAUAUUUUCGGGUGCCUUUAUUGUAUUAAUGGUGACCGUCAUGUUAACGGCCAUAUAUCAUAGGAAUAAAGACUGGGAAAUUGGAAUUCGAUUGUUUCGUGGACCUUUAUUGAUAAUUGGAUUUUUAUUUUUGUGGGGACUUAAUGUAUAUGGAUGGAGAUCAGCAGGCGUAAAUCAUGUUCUUAUAUUCGAAAUCAAUCCUAGAAAUCAUUUAUCCGAGCAACAUAUAAUGGAGUUUGGUGCAUGUUUUGGUGUCAUUUGGACUAUAUGUGUAUUAAGUUUCCAAUAUAGUGACGCACUUUCAAUUCCAACAUACGCAAGUCCAUUAACGUUGUAUAUUUUAAUGGCACUAUUUCUAUUUAAUCCAACGAAAACAUUUCGGCAUGAGGCACGUUUCUGGACAAUUCGAGUAUUGUGGCGAAUAUUUUUGGCGCCAUUUUACUACGUCAGCUUUGCCGACUUCUUUGUUGCCGAUCAAUUGAACAGUAUUGUACCCGCCUUUUUAGAUCUACAAUUUUUAAUAUGUUUCUAUUACAAUAAUCCAAUAUGGAAAACUGCGUCGCCCAAAGACGUUGAAUCAUGUGUCGAAGGUUCAUAUUUGAUUCGACCGAUGGUGGCCAUGUUACCGGCUUGGUUUCGUUUUGCACAAUGCAUACGUCGUUAUCGUGAUACGCGUGAGGCAUUUCCGCAUUUGGCAAACGCACUCAAAUAUUCAACAUCAUUUUUUGUCGUCAUUUUUUCAUCGCUAUCAUUUGUUACCGGUUCGCAUUUGGGCAGCACAAAUAAUCCAUACUUUUAUCUCUGGAUAAUUGCGUCGAUUGUUUCAUCUUGUUAUGCGUAUGCGUGGGACAUUAAAAUGGAUUGGGGUUUACUUGAAAUUAAACACAAUUUUCUACGCGAGGAAACGGUGUAUUCGUCAAAUUUUUGCAACAAUACGAAAAUGCUGCUAGUUCAGAAAAAUACAAGUUCAGCAUGAUUCAUUAAAAUUUAUGGACAAUUCGAAUGUAUCGGAAAUGCGAAUGAAAUCGAUCCAAUUCAAAAUUCAAUUAUUUAUGUGGAGUUCGUCUUUAAAUAACCUGGUAACGUUGGUGGGUACGCCAAGAGAUUUUAGGGGAGGAUAACGACAAACAUCUAGCAAAAGUCGAUUCUAUCUAGCGUCAACCUUAAUGUCCAAAAAAUUUAUAUGGGAUUUUUGAUUCCACUCGCAGCAAAAUUGAUUAAUAACAAAAUCGAAAGAAUUUUUAUUGCCAAAAACAUCAGCAGUUGAAUUCAAUUUUAUGAGCGGGUAACUUGGGACCGCGGAAACUGGAUCCUCACCUAUAAAAAUAGAACGUUAUAUUAUUAAAUAGAACAGACGCGUACUUAAAAUAAGCUUUGAAACAAUGUUCGAAAAGGAAUUUUUGAAAAAUUCUUCAUAGAUUUUAUAUUAAAUAAAAUCUAUGUUGCUUUUUUCACAAACCACUUUUAUGAUUUGUCAAAUAGUAUUAGUCAAAGUACGAUUCAGUAUUUGCACUUUUAUUUUCACCAACCUAAAAUUAAAUACAAGCUCCGCAUAAUUGGUGAAAACUCGGAUAAUUUUGAAUCGUUUCGUUAAACCGCUAUCCAAUAUUCUAAUAGAUAUUGAUGAUAUUCAUUGUCCAUAAAUUUUCCAUCAGCGCACUUAUGUUUUUUCUGUAAAACCAGCAUGGAAAAAUCCACUGUAC